GUGUGUGUGUGUGUGUGUGUACGCGGGCGCGCGCCUCUCUACUGCAGGCGGGAGAGCUUCUUGGGCUCAGCCAGUGGCAGAGCAGUUAGUACAUCACUAAUAGUGAGAAAGCAAGCUGGGAAGAGGCUAGGAAGAGAAGCAACCAACCUAUUAACAAAAGCUCAGCUUGUCCCUGCAGACCCGACCAGCAGAAGGGACAGGCGAGCUGUGGCUCUCAGCCAGGGAGCUGGGAGCUAGGGCUCCCUGCAGACAGUUGCAGGCAACCUCAUCAUGCCCGUCUCUCUGGGAGUUCUGAAGCUGGGUGCUCGGGAAGUUUUCAAAGCCACAGCAGCAGCCUUGGAGAAGACCAGCAAAGGGAGUGCAGCGUGAUUAGUAAAGCACUUGGGAGGCACUUUAAUCUUGCUGGCGUUGUCAGGAGUGAUCAGCAAGUUUUAUUAAAAGUCCCUGGAUUGGCUGAAAGGCGUCCUUGUGUAAGUCUGGAAUGAAAGGGGCAUGUUAAGAUCUCGGGGCACACUGUCAGGACCCCUCGCCCUGCCCCUUGGACUGUGACCUGAGCUGUGGGAGGAAGUGCAGAAGCCCUCCUCUGUUGAAGAAAUUUUGUGAUGGCCAGAAGCGAGUGGGCCCCUGUCAGCAUGAGCUCUCUAGGUUGGGGUGGCCUCAGUGUCCUCCUGCUUCUGCUGCUCCUGGACCGGGCCAGCCCUACCUUCAUCAGCCUGAACCAUGGGAUGAGGGUGAUGAAGGGCAGCUCUGCCUUCCUGUCAGAAGAUGACCUGAAGUUUGCCAUCCCCAAAGGAGAGAAAGAUGCCUGCAAAGUGGAAGUUGUGAUGAAUGAGCCAAUAACCCAGAGGGUAGGGAAACUCAUGCCACAGGUCUUUGACUGCCAUUUCCUUCCCAAUGAAGUCAGGUAUGUUCACAACGGUUGCCCGAUUCUUGAUGAAGACACAGUGAAGCUUCGACUUUACAGAUUCACUGAGACAGACACCUUCACUGAAACCUUUACCCUGCGGGUCUAUCUCAUGGAGCCAGACUGCAACAUUAUCCGCAUGAGUAGCAAUGUCCUGGAGGUGUCUGAAUUCUACGGCCUGUCCCGAGCCAUUGAUAAGAACCUGCUCAGAUUCGACUAUGAGAGGACGGCGGGCCUGGAGUGUACCGUCAGGCUGGACCCUUUGAGAACUAGGCUGCCAGCUCAUGGCCAGAUGGUUGUGGUGGAGCCUCGCCCAGAAGGACCCCGUGGAGAUCAGCCACACAGUUUUUUCCCUCAGACCCAACUGGGAAUGGAACUGAAGUGUCCAGGCGGAAGCUGUACCCUGGAAUUGAAGAAAAUAGCAAGUCUCCAAGUGAGCUGUGAGGAGUUCCUGAUGAUGGGGCUUCGUUAUCAACACAUGCAACCCCCUUCUCCCAACAUUGAUUAUAUCUCCAUCCAACUGGACCUCACAGAUAGCAGGAGUCAAAUAGUAUACAAGUCAGAGAGUGCGUGGUUGCCUGUCUACAUCAGAGCUGGCAUUCCGAAUCAGAUUCCAAGGGCUGCGUUCAUGGCCAUGUUUAUUCUGGAAGUGGAUCAGUUCAUCCUGACCUCUUUGACUACGUCAGUUCUGGACUGUGAAGAGGAUGAGACCCCCAAACCCUUGCUGGUGUUCAACAUUACGAAAGCCCCACUCCAGGGCUACAUGACUCACCUGUUGGAUCACACCAGACCGGUCUCCUCAUUCACCUGGAAGGACCUCAGCGACAUGCAGAUUGCCUAUCAGCCUCCUAACAGCAGCCAUUCUGAGAGGAGAAAUUAUGAGGUGGAGUUGGAGGUAUAUGACUUUUUCUUUGGAAGGAGUGCACCUGUCACAGUCCAUGUCUCCAUCAGAACAGCAGACACCAACGCCCCCCGGGUGUCCUGGAAUACAGGUCUGAAUCUCCUGGAGGGACAGUCUCGGGCUAUCACUUGGGAACAGUUUCAGAUUGUUGACAAUGAUGACAUUGGUGCCGUCCAGUUGGUCACUGUUGAUGGCCUGCAUCACGGACAGCUUACAGUGAGAGGGGGGAAAGGAUUUCUCUUCACUGUGGCUGACCUUCAGACUGGAGUUGUUCGCUAUCAUCAUGACGACAGCGACACCACUAAAGACUUUGUGGUCUUCAGGAUCUUCGAUGGCCAUCACAGCAUCCGUCACAAGUUUCCUAUCAACAUCUUGCCCAAGGAUGACAGUCCCCCGUUCCUCAUAACCAAUGUUGUGAUUGAACUGGAGGAAGGACAGACCAUCCUGGUCCAGGGUUCCAUGCUGAGAGCCUCAGACAUGGAUUCCAGUGACGACUACAUCUUCUUUAAUAUCACAAAACCCCCUCAGGCUGGAGAGAUCAUGAAGAAGCCAGGGCCAGGGCUGAUAGGCUAUCCUGUCUCUGGCUUUCUUCAGAGGGAUCUGUUUAAUGGGAUCAUUUACUAUCGUCACUUUGGUGGAGAAAUCUUUGAAGAUUCUUUCGAAUGUGUCCUGUGGGACAGCCACGAACCUCCAAAUCUCUCAGUGCCACAGGUGGUGACCAUCCAUAUCACUCCAGUGGAUGACCAGCUUCCAAAAGAGGCUCCUGGGGUUUCUCGGCAUUUGGUUGUCAAGGAAACGGAGGUGGCCUACAUAACGAAGAAGCAUCUACAUUUCCUAGAUACAGAAUCUUAUGAUAGGGAGCUGCUCUACACAAUAACCACUCCUCCCUGUUUCUCUUUCAAUGACAGAUAUUUGGAUGCUGGGAAAUUAUUCAUGGUGGACAGCAUACCAAAGCUAACCAAAAAUCCUACAGCCCUGGGGCUGAGGUCAUUUACUCAGCAUGCUGUGAACUAUAUGAAAGUGGCCUACAUGCCACCCAUGCAAGAUAUAGGUCCUCAUCUCCGACAUGUCCAGUUCACCUUUUCCAUCAGUAACCAGCAUGGUGGCACUCUGCAUGGGAUCUGCUUUAACAUUACAAUUCUCCCAGUGGACAAUCAAGUUCCUGAGGUAUCCACUAACCCUCUGAGAGUGGCUGAGGGAGGCCAGUGCAUCAUCAGCACAGAGCACAUUCUGGUUUCUGAUGUGGAUACCAUGUUGGACAAUAUCUACAUUUCCCUGCAGGGGUUGCCUCUGCAUGGAAGGCUGGAGUUGAAUGGAUUUCCUCUAGAUGCUGGGGGCACAUUUUCUUGGGGAGACCUUCAUACCUUAAAAGUUAGGUAUCAACAUGAUGGAUCUGAGGUUCUUCAGGACAACAUACUCUUGGAGGUCACAGAUGGCACAAAUUCAGCAGAAUUUGUUUUAUAUGUUGAGGUGUUUCCUAUAAAUGAUGAGCCGCCAAUCCUGAAGGCUGACCUCAUCCCCAUGAUGCAUUGCUCAGAGGGUGGAGAGGUGGUCAUCACUCCUGAACACAUUUUUGCUACUGAUAUGGAUAGUGAUGACUUGAAACUGAUGGUUAUGAUUGCCCGAGAACCUCAGCAUGGGGUGGUGUGGAAGGCUGGUGUUCAAGUAGACCAGUUCUCUCAGGGAGAUAUUAUCUCAGGGGCUGUGACAUACAAACACACAGGUGGUGAGAUUGGCCUGGUGCCUUGUUUUGAUACCAUUACUUUGGUGAUUUCGGAUGGAGAAGCUGGCCCUUUUGUGAAUGGCUGUUGUUACAGUGGACCUAAUCCAUCUGUUCCUCUCCAUGAGUCCUUUCCAGUGUAUGAUCUCAACAUCACAGUACAUCCAGUAGACAAUCAGCCACCUUCAAUUGCAAUAGGUACCAUGUUCCUUGUAGAUGAGGGGUUCUCAACAGCCCUUACCAUUAACCAUUUGUCUGCCAAUGAUCCUGACACUGCUGCAGAUGACUUGGAAUUUGUUUUGGUUUCUCCUCCCCAAUUUGGUUACCUUGAAAACACACUUCCUUCUGUGGGUUUUGAGAAAAGCAAUAUGGGCAUAAGUAUAGCUUCCUUUCACUGGAAAGACAUGAAGGCUUUGCACAUCAACUAUGUGCAAUCCAGACACCUGAGGAUGGAACCGACCACUGACCAGUUUGUGGUGUACGUCACAGAUGGGAAGCGACGCUCCUUGCAGACUCCAUUUUAUGUUAUAAUCAACCCCACAAAUGAUGAAGUUCCUGACUUUGUAGUGCAGAAUAUUACUGUGUGUGAGGGUCAGGCGACAGAGCUGGAUUCUUCUGUCAUCAGUGCUGCUGACCUGGACAUCCCCAAGGACCCCUUAUUGUUCAGCAUCACUCAGAAACCACGUCAUGGUCUCCUCAUCAAUAGGAUGCUCAGCAAAGACUCUCCUCAGAAUAAGCAGUCAGCCAACCCUGACCAGAAGCAGGAACUUGUUCACAGUUUUUCCUUGGAACUUUUCAAGACUGGAAUGAGGUUGACCUAUGUGCAUGAUGACUCUGAGAGCUUUGCUGACGACUUUACAAUCCAAUUGUCAGAUGGGAAACACAAGAUACUUAAAACCAUUUCAGUAGAGAUCACUCCGGUUAAUGAUGAGAAACCAAUGCUAAGCAAGAAGGCUGAAAUUGAAAUGAAUAUGGGGGAUACCCGUAUUAUUUCUAGCGCCGUUCUUUCCGCUGUAGACAAAGACUCACCCAGGGAGAAGAUUUACUAUUUAUUUGAAAGGCUUCCCCAACAUGGACAACUUCAGCUUAAGAUAGGGAGAGACUGGGUUUCUCUCUCCCCGGGCAUGAAAUGUACCCAGGAAGAAGUGGAUCUGAAUUUGCUGAGAUACACGCACACCGGGGCAAUGGACUCCCAGAAUCGAGAUAGCUUCACCUUCUACCUCUGGGAUGGUGACAACAGAUCGCCUGCAUUUGACUGUCACAUCAUCAUCAAGAAUAUGGGAAAAGGUGAUAUUGUCCUUCUUGCAAAACCACUUGUGGUAUCUAAAGGCGACAGAGGGUUCUUGACGACUGCCACUCUUCUGGCUGUAGAUGGAACAGACAGGCCUGAGGAACUGCUGUAUGCCAUUACCUCUCCACCGCGGUAUGGCCAGGUGGAAUAUGUCCGCUAUCCUGGGGUCCCCAUUACAAGCUUCAGCCAAAUGGACAUAGCGGGGCAGACGGUCUGCUACAUACAUAAGAGUGGGGCAGCUGUGCCCAGUGACAGCUUCAGAUUCAUCGUCAGCAACGGACUGUGGACCAAGCACGGGGUGUUUGAGAUCACACUGGAGACUGUAGACAGAGCCUUGCCUGUGGUCACCAGGAACAAGGGGAUGAGGCUGGCCGAGGGGGCCAUGGGCCUGCUUUCUCCUGACCUCCUCCAGCUGACUGACCCUGACACUCCUGCCGAAAACCUCACCUUCCUCCUGAUCCAGCUCCCACAGCAUGGCCAGCUCUACCUGCGGGGAACUGUACUGCUUCGACACAACUUCACUCAGUGGGAUGUGGACAGCGGGAAUGUGGCCUAUCAGCACUCUGGAGGCAGCUCCCAGAUUGACCACUUCACUUUCAUGGCCACAGAUAGGACAAACCAAGGCUUUGUUGUGGAUGGGAGGGUGCGAGAAGAGCCUAUUCCAUUCACCAUUCAGGUGGAGCAUUUGGAUAAAAUAGCCCCUCGGAUCACACUCUUGCGUUCCCCUUCACAAGUUGGACUCCUGAAAAACGGCUGUUACGGGAUUUACAUCACUUCUCGAGUGUUGAAGGCAUCGGACCCUGACACCGAGGACCAUCAGAUAAUCUUUAAGAUUUUACGAGGCCCACUACACGGACAUUUGGAGAACACAACAACAGGUGAAUUUAUCCAUGAGAAAUUUAGCCAAAAGGACUUAUACAGUAAGACCAUUCUUUACAUCAUAAACCCAUCUUUGGAAGUAAAUUCAGAUAUCGUGGAAUUUCAAAUCAUGGACCCCACAGGGAACUCUGCCACUCCUCAAAUUUUGGAGUUGAAGUGGUCUCAUAUUGAAUGGUCACAAACUGAAUAUGAGGUCUGUGAGAAUGUGGGCAUAUUGUCCUUAGAAGUUACCAGAAGGGGAUAUUCCAUGGACUCAGCCUUUGUGGGAGUAAAGGUCAAUCAAGUGUCAGCUGCAGCUGGAAAAGAUUUCACAGUGACUCCAUCCAAACUGAUUCAGUUUGACCCAGGAAUGUCAACUAAGAUGUGGAAUAUAGCAAUUACCUAUGACGGAUUAGAGGAAGAUGAUGAGGUCUUUGAAGUAAUUCUGAACUCCCCUGUGAAUGCAGUUCUUGGCACGAAGACAAAAGCUGCAGUGAAAAUUUUGGACUCAAAAGGAGGACAAUGCCAUCCUUCAUACUCCUCCAACCAAAGCAAGCCCAACACAUGGGAGAAGGGCAUUUGGCACCCGUUGCAUCCAGGGUCUCCCUCGCCCACCACUUCUGGUUCCUUUCAUCUGGAAAGAAGACCCCCUCCAUCUUCCAAGCAGCUGGCAACCACCAGGGGAGACUCCCUACAGGGCUUUGAUUCCGCAGCUCUUUCUCAGAGGAAGCUUAGGACCCACACGAAUCGCAAAGCAGUUCAUCCAUCUUCUGUUUAUAGAAACAGAACAGACAUCAUCUAUAAUUAUCAUGGGAUAGCUUCCUUGAAACUGGAAGAUGACAGUGCCCCACCUCCCCAAAGGAAGGCCAAAGUAUCCAUUAUUAGUCAGCCACAAAAGACAAUGAAAGUGGCAGAGCUGCCUGCAGUAGAUAAGGUGGAAUCCACAACUGACUCUCACUUCCCCAGACAGGACCAGUUGCCCUUAUUUCCAAAGAAUUGCACAAUGGAAUUAAAGGGACUCUUCCAUUUUGAAGAAAGCACCCAAAAGCUGUAUGGAUGCAAUGGGAUUGCCUGGAAAUCCUGGAGCCCCCAAACCAAGGAAGUGGAAGAUAAAUCUUGUCCAGUUGGAUGGCACCUUCACUCAGGCUACUGUCACACCUUGAUCCCAAAGCAGAAAGGCACCUGGACCAUGGCUACCCAAGCUUGCAGGGAACAACACCUGGGAAAUCUCGUAACUGUAUUCUCCAGGCAGCACAUGCAGUGGCUCUGGGACAUCAGUGGAAGAAAGCCCUUUUGGAUAGGUUUGAAUGACCAAGCGCACACUGGCCACUGGGAAUGGAUUGGAGGUGAACCUGUCACCUUCACCAACUGGAGGAGAGAGCCCCCUCAACACUCAAAGCCUGGAAAGAACUGUGUUUUGGUCCAAAGAGGAGGUAAAUGGCAAACAAAGAACUGUAUGAAGGGCAAACCUCAAAAUUUCAUGUGCUCCAGGAAACUCUAAAUGUAACUUGCUCUACAGAAGCCACGAGAGAUUUCUCAUCUAUUUAUUUACAGGAUUUCUGAAGAUUGCUCAAUAGAGACAAAUUGUCUUGACUGAGUGUGUACAUCUUUGUGAUUCUAUCCAGUAAAAAUAUAGUACCUAGGUUAGUAUUUCAGGAAGAUUGAUAAAUGAAUACUUCUUACAGGAUGAAAUACAAUUUUUGUAUUUCAGUACCUUUCAAAAUAAAUGCCUGCAGUAUUAUGAGGUGUAAGAUUUGCUUAUUCCAGAAGACCAGCUCCCUCACCCUACUCCAUUUCUUAAGCAGUGCCAAUGUUCAUGGUCCUUAGAUAUUUUUAUCCUCAUUAUCUCAAGUGAAUCUAUUCUGCAGCCUCCAUGACAGGUGCUCCUAGCACUUCAGUCGGAGGGACUACCCAUUCAUUAAGCCAACAUUGAAUUGCAAAGGGUGGGUUUAUCCCUUUAGGGACCUUUCAGUGUGAAACCUAAAAUUAGAAACUGUGGAUGUAAAAAAAUUCUCUUUUAGUUGGAAGAAUCUUGCAGAUGGAGGUUCAACUUCAAAGGUAUAGUUCAGGUGAGAAUUCAGGGAGCUAUCUGUACUUUAGAGACCUACCCAUCGCUACUCAACAAACUCCUUUUCCAGCAUGAAUGUUGGCAUUGUGCCAUUCCAAAGCUAAAGAUUGGGUUUCCCCAGGCUUCCAGAGUCAUAUGAAAUUUGCAGUAACAUAAUCUCUUCAUCUUUGUUGGUGUUUAUUGUACCAACUAGUGUUUUUCAAGGACAUUUGGAAUAAGGAGUAUCUAUGAAUGAUGGUUGACAUUUGGAAGAAAAAUAAUGCUUCCUCAGAAGUGUUCCCAUGAACUAUGCUGACAAACAAAGAAAAGUAAUAUUGAAAACAGAGCCUUUGAAAGCUUAUAUUCUCAGAAAAGAUUUCGAUGCAAUUUUAGCCCUUAAAUCUUUAAUAUUUUUAGAAAUGCUGUGUUAACUAGACUCUCUAAUGGAAAAGUACCUUAUUAAUUUAUAAACUCAGCUGAGUGAAACAUUUUCAUAGCAAUGAACACGUUGUAACCUUCACAAAACUCCCUUCUGAAAUCAAUGCUUAAUUAUAGAGAAAUUAGAACUUUAUUUGUGAAAUGUUUAUUAAAAUUUUUGUUUGCACAAUCACUGAAAAAUAUGGUUGUGCCAAAUGUAACUUGCUAUCUGAGCACCAGUGUAACUUCAGAAUUAAAAUGGAUUAUGAAAGACUAGAGUGCUUUUCUAUGAUAAUAACUUGAGUGUUGUAGACACUAAAAAUGGUUUAAGAAAGUUAUUCCAGUUUCUGGAUAUGAAAACAUGACAGAUUUGUUUUAUUUCUGUUCAUUUAUCAAAGUCUUGACUAAUGGAAAAUUUUACAUAGAGAGGUUAUGAUAAGACUCAGAUGUUCGGUCUCUUACUUAAAUCUCCAUGUGAUUUCAGAGUAAGGGAAGGGAGCUCCUUACAUUAGAUGGCUGAUUCCUAUAUGCACAGGACAUAAGCAUCCUCUGGUGUUUAACCCAAAUAUGCCAAACCCAUCCUCCAUACCAGCUCUAGCCAAUUCCUUGUGAUUCACUGCCCUCUGCAGAGUGGAAAGGUGGGAUUCCUGGGAAAAAACAGAAAGGUUAAAUCCUAGGGAAAAAGUAAAAGUUCCGAGAAUAAGGAAUUUAAGGGCUAUUACUUCCUACCAGAAAUCUAAAAAUAUAUAAACUUAUUUAAAACUGGAAGUCUAGAACUAUAUCAACUGUGUGGAAACUGGUUGGCAUGAUAAAUUUAUUACUCUUUUCUGCAUUGACAAUGACACAACUGUAAUUGCAAAUGUUAUCAUAGAGGAGAAUGGUUUGAUUUUUAUAACAACUAGACAUAUUAGAGUGGAGGAAUGGGUUAUAGAAGAGAAAGAGAGUGGCUGGGCAGAAGGCUCAUGUAGGAAAGGGUGGUGAUGAUGAUAUCUAGGAAAAAGAAUGGCAAGAAGGAGGACCUGAAUGUUACCAGCUCUCUUCCCCACACCUGAACACUGACUCUGGGAAAGUUCCCCUGUAUCCAAGGGCAUUAACACAGCACAGCAGUGUGUAACUUUCCAGAAUCUUGUUGAUAUGGAUCUUUAAUACAUAACAUAUAAUUUGCUAAAAAUAAAUUUUAAAGGCAUAUGAUAAUCAUUUCCUCUCUUUCCAAGGAGUGGUAAAAAUAAACCAGGUGACAUUUGUUUGCAUUUCUGUUUUUGUUUAUUUUUAAUACAGCCCAAAAGCUAUGUACCUAUUUUAAUUAACACUAUGGUUCUGUGUAAUUUUAAGCCAUAAAUUGGUGUUGAUUUCUACAACAAAGCUGCAUAUUAAAUGUACUCUAUCUAGUAUUGUAUCAACAUUUUAAAAAAUAAAUUUAUUUCUAGUUCUCA